AUGGAAUUAUACGAAGAAAUAGAGAAAAGAGAGAAUGCCAUCAAAAUUAUUGAAAUGCAUACUGCUGGUGAACCAACUCGAAUUGUUGUGAAAGGAUAUCCGCCGAUACUAGGGUCGAACGUACUCGAGAAACGCCGAUACGUUAAAGAUAACUUGGAUUGGAUACGUAAGAGGAUACUUUUUGAACCUCGUGGUCACAAAGAUCAAUAUGGAGCAAUUAUAUUGGGCGAGAAGACCAAUACUGAAGCGGACGUUGGCGUGUUGUUUAUGCACAACGCAGAAGGCUACUCAACGAUGUGUGGCCAUGCAACAAUUGCCCUCGGUCGUUUCCUAAUCGACAGCGAUCACUUUGAUCCACAGCCUAUACCUGAUGCAUCUGGCAGAGUUACUGUUAAAAUAGAAUGUCCCUGCGGCAUAGUACCAACUUUCAUCCAUACGUACACGACAAGUUCCGGUCAGCUACGUUCCAACCCCAAUUUUCCCGUGUCGUUCCAAAGCGUACCUUCGUUCUCCGUGGCUAUAGACUGUGUAUUAGAAAUUCUCGUCAAUGGACAGCACAAAAACGUUAAAUUUGACAUUGGAUUUGGAGGAGCAUUUUAUGCCAUCGUUGCUGCUUCAGAGUUGGGAUUCGACAAUAGUUGUCUGGACUCGAACGAUCUUUCUCUGAUUGUUAAAGCUGCCAAUGAUUUAAGUAAUCGUGUGAGACAAUCCAAGUAUGUUGGUAACAUUCGUCACCCUAGUUCAGAACACAGUGAGCUCAACUUUUUAUAUGGGACUAUAGUUACUGACGGUAGAGAUGGUAGUGAAGAUGGAGGAAGUAGGAACUUGUGCGUGUUUGCUGAUUGUGAAAUAGAUAGAAGUCCUUGUGGAUCAGGUGUAUCAGCUAGAAUGGCUCUACUGUAUGCGAAAGGUAUAUUGGGAAUAGACAAGACAUGUUAUUAUGAGAGUGUGCUUGGUGGGGAUGGGUUCACAGGUAAAGUUAUUAGAGAAGUAGCCAUUGGUGAUGUCGAUGAAA